UAUGCAAAGUAUAAAAGAAAAAACAAUUCAAAAGUAAUUCAAAAAAUUGAAGAAAAAAUCGCUGAAAGUCAGAAGUCGUAUUGCUGAAUGCACUCAACAUACAAAAAACAGCCAAACUUGCUGAUGAUUAUUAAGUAGUACAUUUUUUUUGCUAAAUUCACAUGUUCAGCACUUGUCGUAUGUAUUCAAUGCAUAAAAAUACGGAUGGUACUGAACAAUAAAAAACGUAUUGCAAUCCAAACACAAUUUGUUUGACCAUGAUACUUUGUGUUGAUACCUUAAUAAUCACAAACAUAUCACAGCUUGUGAACCCAUGGAUGAAAGGAAUCAACGUAGCGUGAUUAAUGGAAAACGUUGGUUUUGAUACACUACCGUAUUGAAAAACAUCAUCUUCCUGGCUUUGGUACUGUGUUGGUAAAAACCGGAUCGUAGAUGUAUCAGUUGGACGUUUGAUCUCUCGAGCAUCGGACACGAUUGUUCACAGUCGUCACAGUCUGAGAUGUUUCCCUCGGCUGUCGUACUGUUUUUGCUGAUACUGGGAAUCUGUCUUGUCAAAAGCGAACUCAACGAUACUUGUAUAACAGCCAACGACCGAGUAGGACGAUGUGUGGCACCUCCAGAUUGCAAAUUUGCAUUAAAAAUUCUACGAUCGCAAAAUGUUACAUACGAGGAAUAUUACUAUUUAGAUCAUAGCAAAUGUGGUCAGACGGAUGAUAGUCCACCAAAGCCUUUGGUAUGCUGCCCGGUGGUUCAAAAUGUUGCAGGAUGUGGAGUUGCCAAACUCGAAAAUCGUAUUUUCGGAGGUGAACAAACCGAAGCAGGAAUGUAUCCAUGGGCAGGUGUAAUUCAAUAUCGAGUCAGCAGAAAAAGGUUCUCCGUGUAUUGUGGGGUUGCCUUGGUGCAUCAUCGGUGGGCUUUAACGGCGGCACAUUGUAUUCUCAGCAUUCCGAGAUAUUGGUCGAUCCACCGUAUCAGAUUCAACGAGUGGGAUACCACGAAAAAAGCCAGUUGUACCAUCAAGAGAGAUGUUGAAAUAUGCAGAGCAGAAUACGAAAUCGAAAAGGCUUUCCCACAUCCUCUGUAUCAUGUCUACGAUCCAAACAUGCGGCACGACAUCGGACUGCUGAAAACGAAAACAGACGUUGAAAUAAACGAUUUUGUAAAGCCAGUCUGCUUGCCAAUCAGCGAAAUCAUCAGACAAUUGCCCAUCGAUCAACAAGAAUUUGUCGUUACGGGCUGGGGGCAAACUGAUCAAGGAACACCCGGACUACAACGGCACGUGACGGUAAUCGGACAAAACAAAAGUGUCUGCGAUAAAGCAUUCGAUUUGCAGCGUAUAGUGCUAUCAAAGGACCAGCUUUGCAUCGGAGGAUCAAUAGGGCAGGACUCAUGUCGCGGCGAUUCAGGCGGACCUUUAACGCGUGAACAUGAACUUGUCAACUACCUCAUUGGGGUUGUCAGCUUCGGAGCGUACAAAUGUGGCACCAGAAAUCAUCCCGGCGUUUACACCAAUGUUGGCAAUUAUCUAGACUGGAUAGAGGAAACUUUGAUAUCGAAUUCGCCAUAGUGUACAGCCACCAUAUAUUUUUUUCUAUACAGUACAUUGAAUAGUUCAAGAUGGGUUGUUUGGAACACAAACUGCAUAGCCAAAAAAGCAAUUUCGGUGGUUAACUUAAUCAGCGUGACAAAUAAAUAAAUUUCUGUUAA